AUGGCAUUGAGUCAGCCAGGAAGCCACACCCAUCGCAUCUCAGGCUGUCAGGUGGAGUAUGACGCUUCGGAAUUUUUCUGGGAACCUGAGAAAAUCACAACUCAGUCCGUUACACCUCUUGCACUGUGUAUGUUUGUGCACAGGGCCUGCUCUCUUAGCUUCCACAGGAGGGCGCUCAAGAAAUGGGCAGAGCAGAGGCGGACUUCUCCCAGCACUGAGUCAGAUGGGUGCAUUCUAAGAGGCACCCCGUUCUUUACUGCUCCUUGCUGUGACUUCAGCCAGGACAUUCACGCAACACACUUGCCUGGACCAAUCCUGUUUAUGAGAGGACAUUCUGCUCUGGUGGUUACUUCAUUCGGUUCGUUCAAAGGCCUAAGAGACCAAGGCAUGCUGUGGCUUGCAGUCGCACUUGUAGCUCUGCUACCUGCUGACAGUCAAAUAUCUCCAAACCCCAAAGAAACAAUGACAGUGGUUAUCAGGUCAGCUGGGUCAUCCGCUGUAAUCUCUUGUGGGAUUUCUAAACAAAACGAUUUCAUGCACUGGUACCGGUACCAGGAGGGAGAGGCCCCACAACGCCUUCUCUACUAUCGGUUCUCUAGUUCCUCUGUUGUAACAGAUCCUGGAAUCAGUCUAACAAAAUACCAUGCUUAUAAAGGACCACAGGAGAGCAGUAACAUCUUACUACGUAAUCUGGAAGAAAGUGAUUGUGGAGUGUAUUACUGUGCCACCUGGGCUGGCACAGUGGUUCAGCCCUGCCCAAAGCCACACUGA